AUGACCAUCACGCCCAUCCCCACGACGCAGCUCGCAGCAGUCUCGCGCUCCAAAGAGGCCGGGACGGUAGUCGAGACCAUCCCGGUAGUGCAGCCAGAGGACCUGAAGCCGGGGCAGGCGCUCGUGCGUCUGCGCUACUCUGGCGUGUGCCAUUCCGACUACAGCCUCAUCCACGACGAGUUCGCCCUGCCCACCCCGCGGCCCUGCAUCGCCGGGCACGAGGGCACGGGGGAGAUCGUCGCGCUCAACGACCCCAUCACGAAGCUCAAGGUCGGGGACCGGGUCGGGAUCAAGUACAUCAUCCACUCGUGUAACCAGUGCGAGACGUGUCUAGCCGGCGACGAGGCCAUCUGCGCCGAGGCGAAGCACUCUGUGUUCGACGAGCCGGGCACCUUCCAGCAAUACGCCGUAUCGUACACGUCCCAGCUGACGCCCAUCCCGGCCAACCUCGACCUGGCCAUCGCCGCGCCCGUCCUCUGCGCCGGCCUGACAGUCUGGCGUGCGCUCAAGGAGUCCAACACGCGCGCAGGCCAGUGGAUCGCCAUCCCCGGCGCUGGCGGCGGCCUGGGCUCCCUGGCGGUCCAGUACGCCGUGUUCAUGGGCCUGAACGUCAUCGCGAUCGACUCGGGCGCGGACAAGCAGGCGAUGUGUGAGGCGAACGGCGUGCGCGCCUUCCUCGACUUCAAGCUCGUCGAGGACAUGGUCUCCGCGAUCCAGGGCGCCACGACCGACGGGCGCGGGCCGCACGCCGCGCUCGUCACCAGUCCCAAAGUGGAAGCGUACACCCUCGCGAUGCGCUAUAUCCGGCCCGGUGGGCGCGUGGUGGCCGUCGGCAUCCCGCCCGAGGGGAGCGAGUUCAAGGCCGACAUGCUCACGUCCGUCGUGGAGCGCAAGUCCAUCGUCACGAGCUAUGUCGGCUCCCGCCUCGACGCGCUCGAGGCGCUCCAGAUCGUCGCGGACGGACAUGUCAAGCAGCAGGUUGUUGUCGAGCCCUUGCGCAACAUUGAUGAUAUUUAUCGCCGGAUGCACGCCGGCAAGGUCGCUGGACGGGUUGUGGUCGAUUUGUGGCAGUAG